GCUGAGUGGGUUGAAAGUUGAAACACACACAUGACACAUUGCUAAUUAAAUCUCAGUCAUUGUUUUGAAAAAAAUCAUCUGCAUACUAUUUGAUAUACUAUAGGGUGAUCUAGUAAAAAUUUGGAGUGCGGGACACAGAGAUUUGACAGCUGUGUGAUGUAGUUGAAGGAAGUAUAUACUACAUAGUGAUCCAGUUGUAUAUAAAUCAUAUUCCAAAGAAAUGGAUGUGCGGGACACAGAGACGAUUCUAGCAGCAACAGAAGAUACAUAUGGAGGGGUCACUGUCGACAUGAAGGAGAAGAUGGAUUCAAACCCCUUCGCUACUUCGUUGACAGCUUCGAUGCAGCUAUGGAAACAGCAAGGGAAAAAAGGAGUUUGGUUGAAGCUUCCAAUAGAGCUUUCAGAUCUCGUUGAUGUUGCCAAAAAGGAAGGAUUUGUGUAUCAUCAUGCGGAGGAAACAUAUGUAAUGAUGGUGUAUUGGAUCCCAAAAACUCCUUCCACUCUACCUGCAAACGCUUCCCAUCAAGUUGGCAUUGGUGCUUUUGUAAUCAACGAUGAAGGAGAGAUACUUGUGGUGCAAGAAAAAUAUGGCAAAUUUGGAGGAACUGGAUUAUGGAAGAUGCCUACUGGCGUAGUGAAAGAGGGUGAAGAUAUAUCUGACUGUGCUGUAAGAGAAGUUAAAGAAGAGACGGGAAUUGACGCAGAGUUUGUUGAAUUCCUUGCAUUCAGGCAAAAUCACAAAUUACUAUUCAGCAAAUCCGACUUGUUCUUUGUUUGCAAGCUAAAACCACUCUCCUCUACUAUCACCAAACAAGAUACUGAGAUCACUGAUGCAAAGUGGAUGAAAAUUGAAGAGUACAUGGAGCAACCAUUUGUUAAAGAGAGUGAGAGCUUUAGUAGCGUUGCAGAGAUUUGUAACAUGGCGGCUAGAAAGGACGAUGCAUAUUCUGGUUUUAUAGCAAAUCCUAAAACAAAAAAGCGUCCAGGAGCGAAGAGUUACUUAUACUGUAACAAAAUACGUUAAAUGUUGUAAGUAUAUGAGUUGUUGAUGAUGAUAUAUAUGUUGUGAGUAAUUACCGAAUCCAAGAAUAUUAUAAAUAAUACUCCGUAAAUAAUAGCUUAACUGAGCAACAUGCCACUUCAUGAAUUAUAAAUUGUAGCGUUACAUUGUAUGUAUAUUAAUUAAUCAGUAUUUGGCAAAUACUAUAUGAAGAAAUUUGAA